UGAUAUAACUUAAUGAUGACUAGAAAAGCAUUUGAACCGAAUCUGGAUGCAACCUCAGCGCGAGGAAUAGUGUCAAGGAUGCUGACAACGACGUUGCAUUUUAAAGUCGUAAAUAAUAAAACUUUGCCAAACAUCCAAGAUGGCGGCAACGAAGAACCAGUGCAUGAACUUUCCAAAAUAUCUCCAUUUUUAACCAUUUUAUUCAACUUUUUUCAAGACAAGAUUGAUAGAUUUGCAGCUAUGGUAACAAUUCCAGCAGAGGCAUUAUCUGUGUUGAUGCUUGUAGUUGUCCAGGGUGCGUCUGUGGAGAUAGUGAGACCCAAUAUUGUUCUCAUUGUUGCUGAUGACUUGGGUUGGAGUGACGUUGGUUUCCAUGGUUCUGAGAUUAAGACACCAAAUAUAGACAAGUUAGCAUAUGAUGGUGUGAUACUAAACAACUACUAUGUGUCGCCAAUUUGUACUCCAACAAGGGGCAGCCUGAUGACUGGACGACACCCUAUACAUCUUGGUCUGCAGCAUGGUGUAAUAACAGCCCCGGCCCCAUGGGGCUUACCCUUAAACCACACUACAAUGGCCCAGCACAUGAAAUAUCUCGGAUAUGCUACGCAUAUUGUCGGAAAGUGGCACCUAGGUUUCUUUAAGGAAGAAUAUAUACCAACAAGUCGAGGGUUUGACACCCAUUUUGGCUACUGGACAGGCAAGGAGGACUACUAUAAUCAUUAUGAAAUUACAGGAGUUUACAGAGGACUAGAUUUUCGACGUAAUCUAAAAGUGGUCAAUUAUACAGCGUAUUCUACAGAAGAGUAUACAAAAGAGGCUGUUAAUAUCAUCAGUACACAUAAUAAAUCAAAGCCAUUGUUCCUGUAUCUCGCCCAUCAAGCUGUACAUGCGGGUAAUGGUAACGAUCCACUUCAGGCUCCACAGGCGUAUGUAGACAGGUUUCCAUAUAUCAUCAGCAAAAAGAGAAGGAUAUUUGCUGGAAUGGCUGCUGCAUUGGAUGAUUCUGUUGGAGAAGUGGCAAGGGCAUUGAGGAACAAUGGUUUGAUGGACAAUACAAUCAUCGUGUUCUCAACUGACAAUGGCGGACCAGCAAAUGGCUAUGAUGGAAAUGCAGCAUGCAACUUCCCUCUGAGAGGAACAAAGAAUACAAUGUGGGAAGGAGGAGUUCAUGGUGUAGGUUUUGUACACAGUCCGUUAUUGAAGAAACGGCAUAUCAAAACAGACAACAUGAUCCAUGUUAGUGAUUGGCUACCUACAUUGUACAGUGCGGCAGGAGGCAACAUAUCCGACCUCGGAUUGAUAGAUGGAAUUGAUAUGUGGGAAAUGUUGCGCGAAAAUGGUUCAAAUGUUCGAAACGAAAUUUUACAUAAUAUAGAUCCGAAAUCAAAAUUUUCUGCAAUUCGUGUUGGUGAUUAUAAACUUGUUCAAGGUGAUAUAUCAGGAGGGAGAGAUGACGGCUGGUAUCAGUGCGAUUUCCCAUUUGCUAGUAAUGAAUCACUUAAAUUUGAGUCUUCUGCAUUUAAUGAUACUUAUAAGACAGAGAUGUCAAAGCAGCUCAGUAAAAGGCAUGCACCAAAUACGCCUUAUAACAUAGAUUGUGGUAAACGACCAGAGAAUUACAUAGACAGUUGUCAGCCCACCAAGUCGCCAUGUUUAUUUCACAUUCCAACAGACCCUUGUGAAUACAACAACAUCGCAGAUGCAUAUCCAGCUGUAGUAGAGAAUUUGUUAGGCCGUAUUAAAGAAUUAUCUACCUCAGCAGUGGAACCAGUGAAUAAGCCCAAUGAUAAAUUGGCCAAUCCAGCACUGCAUGGAGGAGUGUGGGUACCUUGGCAAGGGUCAGACCACACAGUGCAUUAAUAAAACUUAGUAAUAGAAUUUUUGGUUUGGCUGAGCGGAUUGCUCAAGAAGGCAUGAGCCAUGCCAUGAGAAAACCAACAUAGUGGGUUUGCAACCAGCAUGGAUCCAGACCAGCCUGCGCAUCCGCGCAGUCUGGUCAGAAUCCAUGCUGUUCAUUUUUAGCUCAUCUGAUUUUUUGAAAAAAAAUGAUGAGUUAUUGUCAUCACUUGAGCGGUUGUCGGCGUCGGCGUCUGCGUCGGCGUUGCCUGGUUAAGUUUUAUGUUUAGGUCAGCUUUUCUCCUAAACUAUCAAAGCUAUUGCUUUGAAACUUGGAAUACUUGUUCACCAUCAUAAGCUGACCCUGUAUAGCAAGAAACAUAACUCCAUCUUGCUUUUUGCAAGAUUUAUGGCCCCUUUUGUACUUAGAAAAUGUCAGAUUUCUUGGUUAAGUUUUAUGUUUAGGUCAACUUUUCUCCCAAACUGUCAAAGCUAUUGCUUUGAAACUUGGAAUACUUGUUCACCAUCAUAAGCUGACCAUGUACAGCAAGAAACAUAACUCCAUCUUGCUUUUUGCAAGAUUUAUUGCCCCUUUUGGACUUAGAAAAUCAGUUUUCUUGGUUAAGUUUUAUGUUUAGGUCAGCUUUUAUCCUAAACUAUCAAAGCUAUUGCUUUAAAACUUGCAACACUUGUUCACCAUCAUAAGUUGACCCUGUACAGCAAGAAACAUAACUCCAUCCUGCUUUUUGCAAGAUUUAUGGCCCCUUUUGGACUUAGAAAAUAUCAGAUUUCUUGGUUAAGUUUUAUGUUUAGGUCAACUUUUUCUCUUAAACUAUUAAAGCUAUUGCUUUGAAACUUGCAACACUUGUUCACCAUCAUAAGCUGACCCUGUACAGCAAGCAGCGUAACUCCAUCCUGAUUUUUGCAAUAAUUAUUGCCCCUUUUGGACUUAGAAAAUCAUUUUCUUGGUUGAGUAUUAUGUUUAAGUCAACUUUUCUCAUAAACUAUCAAAGCUAUUGCUUUAAAACUUGCAACAGUUUUUCACCAUCAUAAGUGGACACUGUACAUCAAGAAACAUAACUCUAUCCUGCUUUUUGCAAGAAUGAUAGCCCUUUUUAGACUUAGAAAAUCAUGGGUAGGACAAUAUUUCUAUUACACAAAAAAAAUCAGAUGAGCGUCAGCACCCGCAAGGCGGUGCUCUUGUUUAAGCCUACUGCAAUUAGAGAAACUGUUAGCGAACAGCAUGGAUCCUGACCAGACUGCGCGGAUGCGCAGGCUGGUCUGGAUCCAUGCUGGUCGCAAAGCCAUUAUGUUGGUUUUCCCAUGGCACGACUCACAUACUUAUUGCUUUAUGUCCAGGAUUUUUCAUUUAUCCUUGGUCAUCCAUCAAAUUUUACUUUUCCUUGCGGAUGCCACCAUACUUUCAGCUCCACUGUUGCAUAGUGGUUCACCAAAAGCUGAAAAGACUCCUAAGGACCUAUAAUUGUAUGACAUGACUUAGGAAGAAAAAAAUCUUAUUAUACUUUUACCUGUAGAUUAUUGUUCCUCUAAAGGCUCAUAAUAAUUUAUCAUGUGGCUGUCACUUUUUUGUUGUAAACGUAAAAUAUAUCAUUUUUUGUUUCAGUUUUACUUUCAAUAAUUAUUUUCUCAGAUAUUUGUUCAAGGUUUCAAUAUUUGUUGCAAUUAGUAGGAAUUAUUAUUGAAUCCCUAGUUUUUGAUUACCUCCCUUUAUUAUAUGUUCAUGUGCAAUAUUAAUGCUUUUCUCACCAUGUCAUUAUGCAUACUGUCUUUUUUUUUGGACAGCUGCUUUAUCUAUUUUUAAUAUAAAAUUAAAAGCCUUAUUGGACUUAAAUUGAAAAAUUCAGUAUUCUAUUUGGUCAGGGUAAUUUUGACAUUUUUCAGUGUUUCAUCCAAACAUAAGCAACAGCUAUUUUAACCAUAAGAGUUCAGUACCUUUCGUAGAACAAGCCCAUAUUCUAUUAUAAAUGGAAGAAGUAAUGAUGCUUGUAACCGUUAUCAUUAUAUGUCAUGACAUUUCUUUUUCAAUGGAUUUUGUUCAAGUUUGAGUAGUUGUAAUAAUUACGAGAGGUUUUCAGCUUACAUUUUUAACACUUUUACAAACAUACACAUAUGCUCAUUGAUCUGUAUGCCAUUGCAAAAAAUGUUCAUUUUUGGAUCUCUGUGACAAUAAUAAAUCAUUCUGCACCCACCGCCUGAACUAAGACAGAAAAAUUAUUAAUAGUUCAUUGGUCUAGUUUCUUCCAUUUGUUAUUAUUUUCUAUAUCACUCCUUACCAUGCUAAAUUUCUAUAAAGAACUUGUCCAUCUUUCACUUUGGACAGUACCAUUAAAAAUUAAAAGGGGUGUAUACCAAAAAGUUAGUGACUGAAUUGCGAACAGUGCAGAUCAUGAUCAGACUGCAGGGAUGUGUAGGAUGAUCAUUAUCUACACUGGUCACAAAGACGGAAUCAGUUGUGUCCAGCAUGAUAAGGUUUAACAUUACCUAUAUACCAAAGGCUAUAGGGGCUGUGUGCAGAUACUUAGGAAUCCAUUCCUUGAGAGUUAUUAACUCAAUUUUAGUAGUUUUAGGAGAGUCAGAUGAAUGUUUGUAUGGAAGUUAGAUGUGGUGAAUUGAUAAAAUGUCACAUAUUAAGUGAAAUCUCAUGUUACAUCCAAGCUUAUUAGCUACUUUUUCUUGGCAAAUGUUAAAAUCUCAAUACUGUGCUCCCUAUUUUUAGCUCUCCUGUCACAUAGUGACAAGGUGAGCUUUUGUGAUCACCCUUCGUUCGUCGUCCGUCGUCAAUCCGUCAGUGCGUGCGUCCAUCUCGUGCAUCCGUGCGUCAACAAUUUCUUGUCUGCACGAUAGUGGUUUCAUUUAUGAUUUUAUUUUAACCAAACUUGCACACUACUUGUAUCACCACAAGAUCAUGGUUCCUUUAUUGAACUGGCCAGAUCCCAUUACAGGUUCCAGUUAUGGCCCCUGAAAGGGCCAAAAUUAGCUAUUUUGACCUUGUCUGCACAAUAGCAGCUUAUUUAUAAUUUGAUUUUUACCAAACUGGCACACAACUUGUAUCACCAUAAGAUCUCGGUUCCUUUCUUGAACUGGUCAGAUUCCAUUAUGGGUUCCAGAGUUAUGGCCCCUGAAAUUGCCAGAAUUAGCUAUUUUGACCUUGUCUGCACAAUAGCAGCUUCAUUUAUAAUUUUAUUUUAACCAAACUUGCACACAACUUGUAUCACCAUAUGAUCUUGGUUCCUUUCUUGAACUGGCCAGAUCCCACUAUGGGUUCCAGAGUGAUGGCCCCUGAAAGGGCCAGAAUUAGCUAUUUUGACCUUGUCUGCACAAUAGCAGCUUCAUUUAUGAUUUGAAUUUAAUCAAACUUGCAUAAAACUUGUGUCACCAUAAGAUCUCAGUUCCUUUCUUGAACCGGCCAGAUCUCUUAAUGGAUUCAAGAGUUAUGGCCCCUGAAAAGGCCAAAAUUAGCUAUUUUGACUUUGUCUGCCCAAUAGCAGCUUCAUUUAUGAUUUGAUUUUAACCAAACUUGCACAAAACUUGUAUCACCACAAGAUCUUGGUUCCUUUCUUGAACUGGCCAGAUUCCUUCAUGGGUUCCAGAGUUAUGGCCCCUUAAAGGUCCAAAAUUGGCUAUUUUGGCUUUUGCAGCCAUAUAGAGACUUCAUUUAUGGUUUUAUUUGAUACAAACUUCCAAAAUAUCUUCAACAACAAUAAAUCUUGGAUUCCAUGACAAAUCAGAUCCAUUCGUAGGUUCCAGAGUUAUUUUAUAUCUGAUUACCUCCCCUGAUUGUAAUCAAAAUGGCUUUAUAUCAGUAAGUACUUAUAGGACUUAUUUGAAAUUUCAUUAUUGUCAUUACUUGGACUGAGCCAAUGAGGGUAGAUAACUAUGGACUGAUUUUAUGUCAAAUUACCUCCCUUUAUUUCAAAUUAAAAUGGGUAUAUCUCCGUAACUAAUUACGUAUGUCAAUAGAUUUAUUUGGCAGGUUCUUUUUUUAGCCCACCAUCAUGAUGAUGGUGGGCUAUUAAAAUCACUCUGCGUCCGUGGUCCGUCCGUCCGUCAUUCCGUCCAUCCGUCCGUCCGUCCGUCCGUUAACAAUUUCUCGUUAUCGCAUCUCCUCAGAAACUACUGGGGGGAUUUUGACCAAACUUUGUCAGAAUGAUGUAUUGGUACCCUAGUUGUGUCCCCCUGAAAAUCAGACUGGUUCAACAAUUUAUGAGUGAGUUAUGACCCUUUGUUUAUUUCUAUAAUUUAUAUAGAUUUAUAUAGGGAAAAACUUUGAAAACCUUCUUGUCCAAAACCACAGAGCCUAGGGCUUUGAUAUUUGGUAUGAAGCAUCAUCUAGUGGUCCUCUACCAAGAUGAUUCAAAUUAUUUCUCCGGGGUCAAAUAUGGC